UUUUCAGUAUUUUUGAACCAUAUAGAACAACUCCUCCCUAUGUAUAAGUCGUCUCGUCCAAGACGUGUGCAUGUGCUAACCCGGAAAUAAGCGGACAUAGAGUAUAUUUUCAUCGAGGAGUGCUCGAUUGAAAGCAAGCUUUUGUUUCUGGGGCUUUGUUUAUUGUCUCCCAUUGCUGCGGUAUGUCCCGACUAUUCACCUUGAAUGUUUUUACGCUGGCGGUACUAAAAUAGGCGAGACGGGACGUUUUAGGGAAAGCCCCUUGGCAUAUUAUGUUAGCUUGUACAAGCUAACCUAGUAAGGUUCAUUAAGAAAAGGGACCUCCUUGGUUCAUUUGUGCGUUACCAUUUGUGCUAUACCACGGAACCUGAACCCCAGAUAUGCGGUAGCAACUGCUGAACAUCAUGGUGCGUUGUACGGUUUGCUGUGGAUACGAAGCUCUUGUCUGACGAGGCCUGAUGCAUAUGAUACAGAGGAGUUUGUAUCUUCAUGGCGGCAGACGAAGAUGAAGGGAUGUCCCUCGCCAAGAACAUGGAGCUGGUACCAUUGAGACCCAAGAGGCCGGUGGGGGAAGAUGAGGUGUUGCCUAACCCCAUGCAGGUGGUCAUCUACGGGAAACAGGACAAGCUGAAGAGGAUCAUGAAAAAGGCAUAUAUUCAUGUGCGGAAAUAUGCUGGGGUCUGUAUCAAGCUGUUCUUCCACGAGUCGAGAGGAAUCCUCCAACGGUUGCCGCUAAUCAGCCAAGACAAGGUCCAGGAGAUCAGGAGGCACGCCCGCUGUGGGCCCGACUCGGACUGCUGCGGCUGUCUCGACAACCAGGCCGACUAUGACUGCACCGUCAGGCUGGACAACCUGAACAGCAUCAUGGCCUGCAAGGACACCGUCGUGCUGUCCUUCCAGGAAUGGGGACAGCUAAAGGAAAUUUUCUUCACUGCUUCAAGGCGGUGUAACAAGAAGCUGGAGCAGUUGCUGAAAAGUUGGUUGUCGGAAAAGCCUUGGGACAGUCAUCAGUUUGAAGUGGACAUUCCUCCCAAUCAGAACCUGACCCACGGAAAAGCCGUGCUGUGUGUCUACCCGAGGUGGCUCGCGCUGUCGAAGGUGUACACAGAAAAGGAGGUGAAGGAAAAAAUAGCCUGUCAGAACCUGCCGGUGGAGGGAGAAGAAAAAGAUGAAGAAGAAGAGGAGGACAUCGGAGCACAGUUGCCUUUCAGAGUACCGCUGGUGGACCUGCGAACCUUCGGUCCCAACCACGGUACCGGGUUCUACCUGAAGGAUGUGAACGACAGACAGUACUUCCUGCGCUGUGAGAAGGGAGAGGACAUCAACACCCAAAUAGACGAAUACAGGGACGACCUGAUCAGGCACCUGGCUGCUAAAUACCAACACGCUUCCAACAUCGAUAAAGCAACAAUAUCAGAGGUUUUACAGCGUGAUGGUUUCUUACUAAAUGUUGGGGUGUUUGCGGAGAAGCCACAACCCGGGAAAGACUGGAGUGUGUACGUGUUUAUGACACACCAAAAGACUGAUCUGGAGACAUUGGUGGAGACGAGGAACCUGCAGUUGGUCUGCCCUCCCCGCCCGGUCGCCGUCAGUGCUGGGAUGCACUGGAAGCUAGAAGAGACCAAGGGAUACAGGGUGGAGAACCCCAAAAUGGAUGAGCAACUCCAGUUGUGCUAUGAAGCUCUGAUGGAGGAGACCCACAGCCCUGCGGACGCCCCCAACAUGUCCAGCUACCAGUUCACGGUGUCUCCCGUCCGAGGCAGCCACACCAGCUCCACCUUCCACGGCAAUCUCUGCUUCCAGGCAGGAGGGAAACCUGUCUUCACCUUCACUGCAGACUUCAGCAUUAGGAAUGAAACCUUUGGUCAGGAAGGCUACCCCCUGACAGUGAGGAAGUCUCCUCCCAACCCCUCGUGGCUGAAGCGUCGUGAGCGGCUGGUCGAGAUGCUGUCCUGCAGGAUGCCCUUCAACAACAACUGGGAGAUGCUGGUGGAGAAAAUAGGGCUGGACUACACAGCAUUACUGGCCAUCCGGCAGAAGAGCCAGGACCUGUCUGUGCCGGCCAUGGAGGUGCUGCUGUGGGAGUGGGAGGAGACUCGUGCAGAGUUCUUCAACUGCCAGUCCAUGUGCAAGUUCCUGGACGAGAUCGGGCGCCGAGACGUCAUCCUGUACUGCCAGCUCACUCCACAGAGAAUUCAUUUUAAGCCAAGUGUGGAGUACUCCCAGUACUGGAGGAAUGUAGCAGAACCAGAGGAGGUUGCCUUCAGACUGAAUAUGGCUGUGUUUGCCGACAACCCUUCAGUUGGAGGUCUGUGGACCGUCAUGGUGGCAAUAUCGGGAAAUAAGGACCUCAAAAUGCUGAACAAGGUGGUGAAAGGCUACGUGGUGUGUCCAGCCAGGAGUAUUGCCAUCGGCCAGGGGGAAAACAUGAACCUGACAGUCAACAUCAAGUCAAAGGGGUGGAGCCUGAAGGACACACCUCAAACUGUGGUGCUCCCAUACGAACGGCUUCAAAUUCUGGCAGACAACGGCGACUUUGUGUGUCACAAGGAGGUGACCAUCCUACACGAAGAGUCCAACAAGUACCAGUUUCAAGCCCAAAUCGUCGCUUCCCUGGGGAAGAGAGAUGUCACGUUCAGUGUACAUGGAGAUUUCAAGCUUUAUGAGGACAACAGCACCAGUGGAGAGCCCAUCUACGAACUGCACAGUCCCAAGGCCAAGAGCAAGUGGCUGCCGGUGUCCAAGAGACUGAAACUGUGCCAGAUGCUGGACUGGAACCUGCCGCUGGGCAACAACUGGAAGAUGAUGGUGGAGAAAAUUGGGCUGGACUUUCAGGCCCUGAAGCAGAUAGAAGAGGUGAGCUACAAGGAGGGGAGAUCUCCUACGGAGCUGCUCCUGCAGGACUGGGAGGCUCGGCAGCCCACACACUUCACACAGGACAAUCUGUACAAGAUCCUGGACCAGCUUGAGCGUAAGGACGUCAUCACGGACUGUGGGUUCAGGCUGUCCACGUCCCUGGACAAUCCUCUCACCAACUCCUCUCAUCAAGCCUUUGACGCAUCUCUGCACAACAUCAACCUUUCAUUCUGAUUCCUGAAAAUCAGAGGACAUAACAGAGUUGGAGGGGCUGCUCACCAUAUUAUAUAGUAUAUGAAUGUGUUUGAGUAAGAACAGAGUUAGGCUAGACCAUGUGAAGGUGAACUUCAUGCAUUUGCUUUGCAAAUGCUACCUUUCUACUAGUUUGUUCUGUCCGACAAGGAGGACAACAGCACCAACAGAGAGCUAAUCUAUGAGCUUGACAACCUGUACAAGAUCCUGGACCAGCUGGAACGUAAGGACGUCAUCACGGACUGUGGGUUCAGACUGUCCACGUCCCUGGACAACCCUCUCACCAACUCCUCUCAUCAAGCCUUCAACGCAUCUCUGCACAAAAUCAACCUUUCAUUCUGAUUCCUGCUUAAUCAUUACUUCUGGGUAUGGUAACAUCAUCAAACCUGGUAAGGAUACCACUUAAGUCUCACGAGCAUGCAAAUGAGACACUUGCACAGACACAUGAAAUGCAGAUUAGGCACACCAAUGCCACCCUUACGCCAAAUCUUAUUUUGAAAGUUCAUUGUGUUGGUAGACGUCAUCACAACGCAAGUUUAAUCUAUAUUUUCCAAUCCAACAGAAGAAAUUGGACUUGGUAUGUACAAAAUGUAUGUGUUGUCAAAAUUUUGAAUUUGUCAAACUAUAAUAUCUUUGUCUUCGCUCAGGGUCAACAGUUCAAGAUGAAUUGUUUCUAGGUCAUUGGGGGGAAACGUGCCACGCAUCUGGUGCUUGGCCCUUGGGAAAUGCACUUUACACCUCACUUGACUCACUUGUUGCAAAUACGUAAUGUUACACAGCUUCAGUUAGGAACGUCCUCUAAUGUGGUAUGUAAAGCUGGGGAUCCUGUGUUUGAGGAGAGCCACACCUCAAGCACAUUAAAAACCCACCACACAUAUAAAAAAGACUAAUAUGUUUUUAGUGUGAGCGUAUGAGGAUUGUUGACAUCUUGGAAAGAUGAUAGUCACCUGGAAAUCUAUGCUGGUUAUAUGUAAGAAAGAUGUUGUAUAUAAUAUUAUAUGUAAGUAUGUUUAUAGUCUGUUUCUAUCAAUCAAUCAAUCAAUCAAUCUAUCUAUCUAUAUUUCAAAAUUGUUUAUCAAUCAAACAAAAUUGCAGCCAGAGGCUGAAUUAUAUCUUGUUGCACAAAGGACCAAUGCAUUGAAAUAGUCAAAUUUUAAUUCUUAAAAUUCUAAAUUACACAUGAAGAAUCAAGUAACAAUAUUGAUAUUGUAGUAGUUAAAAAAAUAUAUGUUACUUUGUAUGUCAUGUAUGUAUGUUUUAUGUGUAUGUAUGUAUGUAUGUAUGUUUGUUUUAUGUAUAUGUUGAAUUCUUUGCUGUAACGGUUAUAUAGACUGAGGUGUUUCUUUUCUCCUUUGUCCAAGAAAGUCUAUGGUAAAGUAUUCUGUUGUGAAAGAGUUUUUAGAUUGAAUCAGCUUCUGAUAAGUGGAUCAAUGCAUCAUUUCAUCCAGAUUUUUAAAAUCCUUUUUCCCUCUAAGGGAAAAUAUACUUCAUUGCCAGCAUCUGUAUGAUAGAUAUUCAAUACAGGAUACAGGAAUGAUAACUAUUGCUGCUAAUUGGUUUAAUUAAUUAGAUAAUUUCCUUCUAGUGUGUUUGGAAACUUUGGCUGUACAGUGGAAUUGCCAAGCAAACUGCAGUACUUUCCUUUAAAGAUAGAUGGCGUUGUUGCAUAGACUAGUUACAGGCUUUUACAAUUUCAUCUAUUCUAUUAUGUAAUCUAUCUUUAACUAAAAAUGUGCCACUGAGAGGGGAAAAGUCCUAGAGAUGUUGGUAUUCUAGAAAAGUGCCAGGCGUUAGCCUUUAUGUUUUAAUAUGCUGUAUUAAUACUGUUGAUAUUGGAAAUAUGUAACCAAGAGUAGGAAAGAUAUGUACCAAGAGACCAAGUCUCGUCAUAUACAAAAUGUGUAUGUGUGCGUGUGUGCAUGUGUGCGUGACUGUGUUAAACUGAAAUUGAAGUUGCAUGAUUGUAUUAUACAUUUAAAAAGAGAAAUAAACAAGAAAAUGCAAUUAAGAUAUAAAUUACUUACGUCCUCCAAACAUCUGGCGACCGUGGCGGAUACCUGGCAUGUAUUAUCCAAACGAUGGCUUCCAAUAGUCAGGAACUAUAUUUUGUAAUAAAAGU